UCUCCGAAGUGGGGGAAGGGCCGGGACUGGCCGGGAGGCGGAGCGGAAGCGGACUGUGAGGGACGAGAAGAGUAGAAUCUCCACAAGCUGGGAACCACCUUGUCCCUGAUUCUCAAUCUCGGCCUUUCUCCAUCCCGAUCUGGAGGCUGCUUUGUGAGCGCGGGACGCAGCUGACGCUUGCUAAUUGACUUUCGCUGCGCCGCCCGGGCUCGGAGCCGGUUGGCGGCCGGCGACACUGACAAGAAGCCCACUGGCAAGCUCAGCUGUGUUCUACUUUGAGGGAGAAAGUCAAAUGCCCCUUAUUUACACCGUCUUCAAACUCAGCAGCUGGGGGACUGAACAUUUUGGCUGCUCUGAGGACAGUCGCUUGAAGUGGGGUUGGAGAGGAAUCUGGGAACCCACUGGAGAAGCUGCUGUAGGAAUCUAGUUGGAGAUGGUGAUACUUGGACCACACUCUGCUCCCUCGUCAUACCUGGUGCUCUGUGGAUAAUUCAUUUUAAAGUUAAUUGAGAGUUGGAGGCAACCUUGCUGAAGAUGAAGAAUAUACAUUAGAGAAGGAAAUUUUUUUCUUUUUUCUUUCAAAAGUCUUGAUCGUUUGGUGGCUUACGACCAGUUACCACUCUUCAUUUGAGUCUGUUUUCUUCAUCAGAAAUGAUUUUUACAAUUUCAAGGAAAACUAUGUCCCAGAAAUUGAGUUUACUGUUGCUUGUAUUUGGACUCAUUUGGGGAUUGAUGUUACUGCACUAUACUUUUCAGCAACCAAGACAUCAAAGCAGUGUCAAGUUACGUGAACAGAUACUAGAUUUAAGCAAAAGAUAUGUUAAAGCUCUAGCAGAGGAAAAUAAGAACGCAGUGGAUGUUGAGAACGGCGCCUCUAUGGCAGGAUAUGCGGAUCUAAAGAGAACAAUUGCUGUCCUUUUAGAUGACAUUUUACAACGCUUGGUAAAGCUAGAGAACAAAGUCGACUAUAUUGUUGUCAACGGCUCAGCAACCAACACUACCAACGGCACUAGUGGGAACCUGGUGCCAGUAACCACAAAUAAAAGGAUAAAUGCAUCAGGCAGCAUUAGAUAGCAGUUGAAGAUCACCUUGUGCUGCUACAUCCACCGUGGAUCAUAUCCUAUGGCAGAGAGCUUUUAAGUUGCUGGGUAGGAUAGAGUAAUACUGUACAAUAAAAGCCCUACACAUUUCUGAGGAAUAUGCUGGAUUCACAGAACUCUAAUUCUGUAUAUAAAUUUUAAAAGUUACUAGUUUGCUUUGAGGCAAGUCUCUUCAAAUGCUGUACUAUAUAUAUCCUUAAGGAGAAUUUGGUAACAUGGUUGAUGUAGUAAGCAGGUAGGUGAUCUUUGUAUAAAUCUUCUGUGUUUGAGAUGGAGGUGAAGCAAAAACACUGAAAGACAUGGGUUCAUUUCUAUAAAAUAUUUAUUUAAAUAUGUAACAUGUUUUUUAGAGAAUAUUGUUACUGAGUCAUUUUAUCAUUUGUUCUCAGUAGGUGUAACUGUUAGACUAAUACUCUUAGAAAAUGUGCUUACUUCCAGUACUAUAUUUUAUUACUCAGAUUAUGAGCAGAAAAAGGAAGUAUAAUGUUGAAAAUAAUGUUUUGAAAUCAUGACCCAAAGAAUGUCUUCAUUUGCACUAUCCUUCAGAAUAACUGGAGGUUAAUCAUUGUAUAUUUUGAAAAAUUACAUUUGUAAGGUUAUAAUCUUGAUAUGGUUAGUAGCCAUUGUCCAUAACCUAUUCUAAACAUUGAGACAAAUAACAUAAAAAUGAGAAUCUCUAAUCUCAUACAUAACAUUUUCUUAUAUAUACCUUGAAGAAUAAAAGAUAUUUUUAUGAUGAGAUUAACAUUAAGUAAACUAUUCAUGAUUUUUCAUAUACAUGAAUAUUAAUUUAAAAGUUUAACCCUUUGAGUGUCUGUGCUGUUGAAAGCACGUUAUUUCCAUAUUUGGGUAAGGUUUGCUUUUGUUAUGUUGGCAGUGGAAGGGGAGACGGAGAUAUCUGUGAGACUGGGACGCAUCGGGUCUUCAGCCAGGUGUAUAUAAUAAAGGUAUUUCGUGCUGCAUUAAACUGCUUGGAAAAUGUUAACAUUACGUAAGAGUAUGUGGCUUCAUGAAAUUGUGGAUUUGUGUAACAGAUAUAUUAGGUAUUCAUUUUACAUAAUGACCACUUAAAAAACAAAAGCAUUUAAGUUAUGAAGAUUGACUCUCUUUUCAGGAAAACAGCUAUUGUGUAUAGCGCAAGAGAUCCUAAUCUUGGAUGGAUAAUUCCCAUAUAGAGCAAAGGACACCUUUAUUUAAUUUUCCCUUGUAGCACAUUUAAUUGUCAUAUGGUGCCCUAUAUUUCAUAGUAUUUAUUCUCUAUAAUAACUGCUUAAGUGCAGCUAGCUUUUAGAUCUAGGCUAUACUGAAUUUAGUUUUGGAUAUUGUAUUGUUCAUUAUUAUAAUAUGUUACCAGACAUAGUAGCAAUAAUUAUAAUGAUUUAUUAAAGUAAGUAUGAAAAAAUAUUGUUCCAUGAAAGGUAGCUUUCUAAACUCUUUCCCCUAUACUUUAUGUGAAGAAAUUAACUACAUACCAUUGCCAGGUGAAGUCUGGAAUAAUUGUUCGGUCUUAUCAAAUGUAGACAUUUUUGUUUUUGUUUUCAGGGAUGAAAUAAAAUAUAUUAUUUGUACUUA